AUGUCCACUCGGUCAUGUGAUCAGCUGUGUCCAAUCACAGCUGAUCACUGAUGAUCAGUGUAGCCCCAGCAGUGUCACCUAUCAGUGCCUUGUAUCAGUGCCACAUCAAUGCCAAAUAUCAGUGCCCAUCUGAGCUGCCUAUUAGUGCUAUGUAUCAGUGCCCAUCUGAGCUGCCUAUCAGUGCCAUGUAUCAGUGCUGCCUUUCAGUGCCCAUCAGUGAUGCCUGUCAAUGCCCAUCAGUGCCACCUAUCAGUGCCCAUCACUGCAGCCUCAUU